AUGAAUGAGAUACUUGUACACUUCACAGAAGGGACACCUAACACGGACCACGGUCGACAACAAAAUGAAACAAUCUUCCUCAGAGUGGAACCGGGACAAUGUUUAAUGCCACCUCAGUUCGUAUUUUAUGGGUCGAGGAUACGAGAUACAGAAGUUUAUAAGGACGAUGUAUGGAUGCUGUCGUAUCCACGAACUGGUAGCCAUUGGGCACAGGAGAUGGUAUGGUGUAUUGGAAACGAUUUUGACUACGAAAAGGCGCGGACUUUAUUGGUCGUACGCAAUCCGUUGCUGGAAGCCUCAAGUCUGAUGGUCACGGGGGAGUACGUGGAAUGGUUCGCGAAGUUGGGUGACUCAGUAGCGAACGUAGAAAAAAUGCCACGAACUAGAUAUAUCAAGUCUCAUCUGCCUCUGGAACUAUUGCCACAACAGAUCCAUCAAAAGAAACCAAAGAUCAUCUACGUUGCUAGGAAUCCAAAAGACACGUGUGUCAGUUUUUAUCACUACUGUAGGACGUUUCACAGCAUCACGGGUACCUUCGAGGACUUUGCAGAACUGUUCCUCAAUGGAUACACUCCGAUGGGGUCAUUUUGGAGUCACGUGGUAAAAUUCUGGUCAAUGAGGAACAACGACAACGUACUAUUCUUGACUUACGAGGAAAUGAAAAAGAACCAAGCGGAGGUGAUCGAAAGAACGGCGACAUUCUUGGGGAAAACCGUAACGGAGGAGAAAAUUGCGAAGCUCACCGAGCAUCUCGAGUUCUCCAAAAUGGCGGCGAAUCCUGCGAUAAACAUGGAGCAUAUUUUGCCGGAAGGGAACGUGUCGGAGAAUAAUAGAUUUAUAAGGAAGGGCAAAGUCGGCGAUUGGAAGAACUAUAUGUCCGAAGAAUUGUCCCGGAGAUUCGACGAAUGCACCGAAAGGCAUCUACGUGGAACUGAUCUAGACUUCGACAAGUAUACUGACUCUCACGACGAGGAAUGA